AUGGCAAACAUUCAACGCCCCCAGUCGGCGACUACGGUCUUUCUAGAUCAGCCACCCAGUUGUCUGGAGUUCUGCCCCGAGGCCCCAGACCAUUUCAUCGUGGGCACCUAUCUUCUAUCAGAGAACAAGACCGAAGAUGGAGAAGUCGAACAGUCCAAAACUGGGAGUGUACAACUAUGGAAAUUAGACCCUUUCAGCAAAACAUUAUCCCAAAUUCAAAGAAUUGCCGUCCCAUACGCAGUUUUUGACCUGCACUUCCACCCAAGACAGAAGAACUUAUUCGCAAUUGCAAGCAGUGUAGGAUCAGUAUCGCUAUUCCAAGUAUCCACAGACUCCACCGGAUAUGCAUCUGCAUCCCCAAGCCUCACUCAAUUAUGGACAAAGCAAGUACACGAAGACCCAUCAAUCCCAGCACUCUUCCUCGCCUGGGCACCUGAAAACUGGUUCUCCCAGGCAGCAGCAGAUGGCUUCGCCGUCACAUUCUCAGAUAGCCGGACAGCCGUCUUCGGGACGGAGGGCGAUAUCCUCCAAGAAGAAAGUAUAGAAGAAUGGGGCACAUAUGAAGCAAAACAGAUGAUCGAAGUCUGGUUUGUUGCAUUGUCAACACGCACGGGAACCCCAGAUGCCGAGACCCAGAACCCGGCUGCAAUCCCGUUCAUGUUCACGGGCAAUGACUUCGGCUCGUUACACACCCGCCGAUUCGAUAAUACCACUAAGUUGGAUGAUCCAGACGAGCAUAUCUCACCCAUGCUGCUCGAGCAUGAUGAUCGAGCUCGUCACCACACUGCUGGCGUCACAUCUAUCUUGCCUCUUGAUGUUCCCUUGGUCGAUGAUGCCCCAGUUUUUCUGACGGGGAGCUAUGACGAGAGUCUUCGGGUGUAUCAUGCUACGCGUAGGGGAGAGGUUCUCGCCGAGCAAGGUCUUGACGGUGGAGUUUGGCGACUGCAGUUGCUGAAUACGACGAAGAUUCCAGGUUCGGAUGAUCCGUCAAGUGUAUCUGAGUACCGCUUUUUAGUGCUGGCGAGCUGUAUGCAUGCUGGAACGAGGCUUGUACGGGUUACGUGCAAGCAUGAAGAUGGGGCUCCGAAUUGGGGGAUUGAGGUUCUGGCGAAGUUUACCGAGCAUGAGAGUAUGAAUUAUGCCAGUGGAGUGUGGGAGGGUGAGCAGAAAGCGACACAAUCUUCUGGGAUUUUGUGCGUCUCGAGCAGUUUCUAUGAUCGCAGGCUCUGUGUUUGGACUGUUGAUCUUUAG